AUCAGAUCAUCAACUAUCACUUGAGCGUGCGUGCGUGGAGGGUGGACGUAUUUUUCUUGAGCUCUGAUAAUAUUAUCAAAUUUUUGCCUAUAUAGGCCAACUUUGCAUAGAUUUUAGGACCAAACAGGCGAUAUAUGUUGCUAUUAUGAUCAUAACCUUGUUUAAGGUGGAAUUUUGGUUCAGAUUACUGAGAUUUCCUUGGUUUAAUCACUGACUUCAGAUCUUCGAAUAUCGCGCCAUUUCAAUUUCUGCACACGUUACAACUCGCGAGUCAGCCUUCGCACAUCACCGUCUCGAUCUCUGCCGCUCACUAGGCUAGUUUUGCACCGAUGCCCCGCUGAUUGCCCCGGUACUUUUUCGCAAAAUUAGCAUACUCGUUCAAGAUUUCUUCGGAUCAAAGAGGAUGGCGAAGGAUAAAGCAGAUUCUCAGGAUCAAGGUAAAAUCAGUAAAAUUCAGCAGAAACUGACAAAGAUUUCGCCGUUUAGUAAAAAAGGAGAGAAAAAAAAAUCUGACAUAUUGAAUUCUAAGUCGGAUGCUAUCGCAGCGGCGGAAAUGUCUGAAAGCGAAAGCAAGCCAUGCAGUAGCACGGAAAUAACCGGCACAGCAGCACUGGUAACAGAUCUAGACAUUCAAGGAGCUGGAGUCGAACGUAUUGGGAAAACAAAACGCACAAUUCUGCAAGAGGAAGAGCAUGUUGUCAGUAUCCAGGAAUCAUAUUCUAAGAAACAACAAAAGAGAAAGCCUAGUAGUACUAGUAGUACUGGUACCACAGGUAAGAACACACAAGCACCGAGUAAGAAACUGAAAAACAAGACUAGCAGUGGUGCUGGUGCCGGUAAGUCUGACUCUGAGAAAUUUGUCUGCCAUUAUUGCAACAAGUCAAAUGUCUCUUGCAUGAUUGAAUGUGAAGCAUGUGAACAGUGGUCAUGUCUAGAAUGCCAUAGCAUUACUACUGAGGUGUACAAAAUCUUUGAAGUGGAAGAAAACAAGAUGCACUGGUUUUGCCGUAAUUGUGAGUCAACAGCUAUUUCUGCUGCUAAACAGUCGGUAACUAAGACUGCAGCAGCCAUGAAAAAAGAUAGAGAGCUAGAACAGGUACAUGAUUUCAAUAUGCUGGCUAACAAAUUAGAAACAAAAAUCACAGAAAAGAUGAAUGAAGUACUGCAAGAACUAAGAGGAUCUGCUAAACCUGCUGUGGUAAAUUCCCAUGUAGAUAGUGGGAAGGGUUACAGAAACUACGCUGAUGUAGCAAAGAGCUCUGUUGUUGGUGAUAUGCAAGACUAUGCCGACAACACUGGUCCCCUUCAAGCUCCCAGCAAAGGGAAACAAAGCAUGUCCCUAAACAACACUAAUGCUGGAAUAGCAGCAGUAGAGGAGAUGAUAGAAAGAGAAAGAAGAAAGAACAAUCUAGUGGUAUUUAACCUUCCUGAAUCAACAGCACGUUCUCCAAAGGGCAGACAGGACUAUGACAAAAAGAUUGUUGAUGAACUGAUCCUAGAUGGGAUGGGUAUCGAAGGAGUAGAAGUAAACAAAGUUACAAGACUUGGUGGUAUUGGCCAAAACAGGUUCUCUAAGCCGAGAGUAACCUUGAUUGAACUACAGGACUCCUCAACCAAAAAUACUCUGCUGAGAUCUGCUAAAAAUCUCAGAAAUAAGGAUAUGUGGGCCACAACCUACAUUGCUCCUGAUCUGACACCGAAUCAACGCAAACAACGAAAAGAACUCUACACCGAACUCAGACUGAGGAGAGCCAAUGGUGAAGAGAACAUAGGUAUACGUCAUGGAGAGAUUGUUAAGCUUAGGGACAGAGCAGUUCGCAGACAAUCAGUAAUGGAAAUCAGUCUCUCUGACCUCCUCAAGGGAAGUAAAAAUUCUAGACCUGAUGAGGCGAAAACCCAAUCAGAAGAGACGAUGGCAAGCACCACAACUUCCACUAGUAGAGAUGAUAGUUACCGGGAUAGAUCCCAUGAACAAGGUCAGUCUCCGCAACUCAACAAGACGCUACAUGUAGAUGCUGACAGUGUUGCUGCUGGUGCUGUCGGAGGAAGCCCUUUGGACAUCCCUGACGAUCAACAACAGCUGCAUGCGUGACUACCAGUGCAAAAUAUAAACAUGGUAUUAUCAGGAAAACCAGAAGUCCUAAAAGCUAAUUACUUGAAAGUUUUGUACAGUAACUGCGAUUCACUGAGCAAUAAACUAGAAGAUCUCCAGUUAGAAAUUGAGCGAACAGAUCCUGACAUUAUAAUGUUAACUGAAAUUAAACCUAAGUAUAGCAGAUUUGAAUUACUAGAACCUUCAAUAGCCAUUAAAAACUACAAUGUGUAUACAAACCUUCAUAUUGAUAAUAUCAGAGGGAUUGCAGUCUAUUCGAAACAGUCAUUAAAUGUAACAGAGAUGGAUUUUGAUACAAACUUCAAAGAGAUUGUUGGAUGCCGUAUUGACUUUGGUGAGCAAUCCAGUAUAUAUUUCAUUUGCGUGUACAGGAGCCCGUCCAGUUUCCAAGAGAACAAUGAUAAACUAAUCAGCGUGUUUGAAAAAUUGGAAUCUAUGAUCUCGGCGCUAAAUUCAUGUAAUAUUCUAGUUAUAGCUGGAGAUUUUAACUAUCCUGAAAUUAACUGGCAAACGAGUUCGACUAGAAACCAAUGUAACCCAGCAGCCUCUAAAUUUGCUGAAUGUUUGCAGGAUUUGUUUUUUACACAAUUAGUUGACUCGCCAACGAGAUAUAGGGUUGCCCAACACAGUAACACCCUGGACCUGGUUAUUUCAAACAAAGCUGAAACAAUAUCUGAUAUUGUGUGCGGACCUCCCCUCGGAAAAAGUGAUCAUUGCACCUUACACUUCAAUGUGGAUAUUGACAUUGGUGAUAGAAAGCUACUAUCCUCUAAGUCUUUGCUUUUCAACAAAGGGAACUAUGAUCAAAUGAGAGCUAAUAUGUCCAAGAUUGACUGGGAUGAUCUCCUCGUAGAUUUGGACUGCAAAGAUUCAUGGAAUGUCUUUUCAGAUACUAUUCAUAGACACAUAGAGGAAUGUAUACCUAAAUCCCGCAUGACCAACAAAAGGAAGCGAAAAGUUUAUACAACUAAAAGAUCUAAUGCAUUAAGCAAAAGGAAAAAUAGAGCAUGGAAACGUUACAAAAGCACGCUGAGUCAUGAGGAUUUCAGAUAUUAUAGAGAAAUCAGUAACUCGUUACGGAAAUUGACACGUACUCUCAGGAUUACCUUUGAAAAAGACUUAGCAAAGAACGCAAAAAGUAAUCCGAAAGACUUCUGGCGAUAUGUAAACUCUAAAGUCAAACUGAACAAAGGAAUUGGAUCCCUUGUGUUAGAUAAUGGAGAGAAAUUAUACAAAAGUGAGGAUAUUGUGUCGGCACUUAAUGAAGCUUUUUCAAAGGUCUUUACGAAAGAAGAUGACUCAAAUGUUAUGACACCAGAGUGGAGUCAUGAGGGAUCUACUUUGGGUUCCAUCAACUUCACACAAGAGAAAGUGGAAAAACAACUUCUUUCUCUAAAUCCAAAUAAGUCGGCUGGACCUGAUGGUAUUCAUCCUCGAGUAUUGAAAGAGUUGGCUAGAGAGAUCAGUUACCCUCUUACAUCCAUAUUCAACUUGUCCAUGGGAGAAGGGUAUUUGCCAUUAGACUGGAAGAAAGCCAACAUCGUGCCUAUUCACAAAAAGGGCAGUAGACAAAAAGCAACAAACUAUAGACCUAUAAGUCUAACUUCUAUGGUCUGCAAGGUAAUGGAAUCUCUUGUAAAAGACGAGAUAAUGGAUCAUGUCAAGGAUAACAGUCUCCUUCACAAUGCUCAGCAUGGUUUUACUCCAGGCAGAUCCUGUUGCACUCAACUAAUGGUUCAAAUGGAAAAAUGGACUGAUCUCCUUGACCAUGGAAGACCGAUUGAUAUACUGUACCUUGAUGUUAGAAAAGCUUUUGACACAGUCCCUCAUCAACGCUUACUCAUGAAAUUGAAAGCAUACGGAAUAGAUGGUCAUGUAUUGAAAUGGAUUGAGGCCUUUCUUGUAGGAAGAAUCCAGAGAGUCGCCCUAAGAGGAGAGUAUUCUGACUGGUCUCAGGUAGUCAGUGGAGUAGCGCAAGGUAGCAUCCUCGGGCCCCAGCUUUUCAUCCUCUAUGUCAAUGAUCUUCCGUACAGAGUUUUCAAUGACAUUCAGAUCUAUGCUGACGAUACCAAGAUUUAUGGAGAGGUAUUUUCAAAUAGCCAACAUCUAUCACUACAAAAAGAUCUGUAUGAAGCCACAAAAUGGGCAAACUCCUGGCUCCUUAACUUCAAUCUGUCCAAAUGUAAAGUUAUGCACAUGGGUCGCAACAACAAUAACUCUACAUACUACAUCGACGACCAGAUACUUGAAGAGACCAAGGCUGAGAGAGACCUAGGAGUACUCGUUGAUAAUGAACUUAACUAUCAUGCACAUGUAGCUCAAGCAGUAAAUCGAGCUAACCAGAUGCUGGGACUCAUAAAGAGAACAUUUACAUACCUAUCUAGAGAAACGUUACCUGUCCUGUUUAAGUCACUAGUUCGUCCUCUACUUGAAUACUGCAAUGUUAUAUGGUAUCCAAGAUUCAAAUUGGAUGCCAUCAAGAUAGAGAAGAUCCAGAGAAGAGCCACCAAGCUAGUGCCUGAACUGAAGCAUCUAACUUAUGAAACAAGACUGAAGGAACUCAACAUGUUCUCUCUACAUUACAGAAGAAUCAGAGGUGAUAUGAUUGAAGUUUAUAGAAUUAUGUAUGGACUGGUAGACUUUGAUCCAGAUCUCUUCUUCACACCCAUAGGCCAAAGUAUCACUCGAGGUCAUCACAUGAAGCUGUACAAAUAUAGAAGCAACUCAUCGCUAAGGAAAAACAGCUUUAGUCAGAGAGUGAUUGACUCCUGGAACAGUCUUCCUUCUUCUGUAAUCUCGGCAUCCACUUUAAACAUUUUCAAAACUAGACUGGACAAACACUGGUCCUCCAUGCACCAAAUUCUCCCAUAAAUAUCCGCCCUCCACACACGUUUAGUUGUUUUAAAGACCAGUUUAAGAAUCUUCGAAGGAAUGAUCGGAAGCACUACAGGACUACCUACUUCUUCCGUACAACGAUGAUGAUGAUGAUGAACAUAUUCAUCACUCCACGCCCAACUUGGACACCAAGCAACAUCAUUCAUUCAUAAAUCCAAUUCAGAUAGCUCGAUAGGCUACAAAAUUCCAACUUUAUCAUCAUUAAUAGACUGCAGUCAGUGUCGGCUGAGCUGACAAACAGUGAGUUUAUACCAACAAGGAAUAGUCAAAUAAAAGAUUUAUCAAUUAACACAACUCCAACUCAAUUAAGCAAUACGACACAAAGAAAACAAAAUGGUCGCAGUCAUCUUUAUUUCGGAAGACAAUGUACGACGAGUAGGGAUUAUGAUGAGUGAAACGCGAUGCGAUGCGGGUCUGAAUUCGACCGGGGCAUUCUCAGCGGACAAAAAUAACAUUUGUCUGCUUUACAAGCGCGAGGACCUGCACAAUGCCCCUGCCAAGUUCGCCGAAAAUUCAUUACGAACAUAGCCUGUUUCUUCCACCAAUUUCAUACAGAUUAGUUUGAAAAUGAUAAGUAAUGGGUUAUCUACCUACCGAUAUAUGAUAUAAGGUUUUUCCUGCCCCGUUCAAGCUCCUUUCGCAGCUGUUUUCUUUCUUGUUUGCAGCGUUCGUUGCCACAUUUCUCACGCACGGCCAUUUUCAUAAAUAUGAGUUAAUAGGCCGACGUCACAGCUCUAGCUAUCGCUAGCUUGUGUACAUGACGUCAUCUUGCGGGAAUCACCCCCUUUAUUAUUUUCCGUAUUCGAUUCACGUCCACACCAGCGAUUCAGACCCAAGAACCUCACCGUACCCGUACCGGUCUCUGGUACGCGCAACCCGGCCCCGGGAGUGCCCCUAACUUGGCAUGCCCCUAACUUUAGUCCUUCGUCGCAAGCUUCGACUGUCGACAGAAGAUAAGACAGAGAUUUGAUCGAGGAUUGUAUUAUUUUGUGAACGUCUGCAUCUGGUAGUAAUUUCACCGUGUAACGUGUAUUUUCUGUGGGGAACAGACGUUGGAAAAUUACAAAUACUGAUCACUGUAAAAGUGUAAAUAACUUUAAUAUAAACGAAGGACUGGUACUACUGAACCAAGACUGGAAACAAGGCCCUACUGGAGUCCUGGCUGCCAUCUACAGGACACCUAGUCUUAGCUCUUUGUCUUCCUGUUCAAGUUUGACUGGUGCCAC